AGGAAGAGAGAACUCUUAUUGAUUUUGGGAUGAUUUACAAUGGAAUGAAACCCUCUAUUUAUAGGAGAGAGUAACUUAGCCAUCAAGUAAUAAACCCUAGAAUCUCUUUAGAAUAUAGACAUUCACCUUAAAUAGAAUUCUAUUUAUAACAGAGACAACUAAUUUUAAUAUUCACCAUUGAUAAUACGAGACCGAGGAGUAUUAGAAACCACACUCUAACAAAAGAAAAUAAGAAAAAAGUGAAGUAGAACAUUCAUGCAAAUCGUGCCUUAACAUGCUCAGAAUAAUGCACACUUCCACUUUCCAGCACAUAAUUUCCCAAAAACCUAUUUAUUCACAACGCGGAAAGCAUUAUAAUAAACCAAAUCCCUAACUGAAAAAUAAAUCAUCAGCACAAUGAGAAAGCAAAUACAAAUUAAUUCAUCAACAGUUAUUUGUUUGGUGCUGUUAUUACUUGCCACUGAAACUGGAAUUAUUUACCGAUUUGCCCAUGGAGCUCAACGGAGAAUCCAAAUCUCCGACGAUCUCGACGACGUCCUUGACGAUGAGGAAGAUGAAGCUUGGAGAGAAUGGGGACGAAAGAAAUCGGCCGAAUCCGAUUUCGAUCCGCCGCCGAUGGAUUUUAGCACGAUGAGUCCGUCGGAAAUUCAAUCGGAAAUGAUGAAGCGGCAGUCGGGUCCGGUUUUUGGAUUUGUCAAACUCAGACUUGGAACUCUUCGGACUCCGGAGAAGGUUUCUGAAAUAGCCAUGAAAUGGACAAAACUAGCAAGAACUGGAGCAAUUGAGGCAAAAUUCAUGGGCGUCGAUGUGAGCACGAUCAUGUUCACUAUGGAGAAAGGUCAAGACACUAUAGAGGUUUGUCUAACCUCCCAUAUCUGGUGUCUUCUUCUUUAUCUGGUAACUCCCUAUUGAUCCUUGAAGCAAAGAGUUGUUCUAAUGGCUCAAAACUAUCAGGGAUUAGGUAGAAGUUAGUAUCAUUUUGCAAAAUCAACUGACUAAAGAAUAUCAUGGAUACUUGGCUUUUGUGAAGAAAUGUACUCGAUCGUCAAUAUCAGAACACUCGUAUGAUGAAUAUGUUGCGGAAGCCAA